UAGGACUGGGUCCACGCAAACGUGCGCAGGAUCAUCGGUAUGCCUCCUUCCGGUGACAAAAGCCUGUAUUCAAAAGACAAAUGGCCCAACUACGAUCCCGAGGAAGCUCCUAACGGUUAUGUCGAAGAUCCCGAAAGCAGGAAGAUCGUAUGGAGGCCAAACUGGGAGAACUUGAGGAACGCCUUCUUCGGUAACCUCGUCGAUGCAGCUGUCAAGGCCUGUGAAGGCGAUAGGAAGAGUCUUAAACUCGAGUGUCCUUCGACGGAGGAAACCAGGGAUCGAGUGGUGGCCUACUUGGAGAACAUCGCCAAACACAAGUGCGGUAAGCAAUCCAAGAAGGAGGCGGAUGAGAAGAGGAUCCUGGGAAGGACGCGUACUUUCCGUCAGUGGAUCAAGAAAAACUGGGAGUCGCUCCCUCUCAGCAAAUGCCGCGAGGCGUCCUACUUGCGGAAUGCUUUAUUCGCCGGUGACGGAAUCCUACGUGCCGUCCACUUCAUCGACCGGUCCGAAGAGCAAAACUUCUUGAGGUAUACCGAGAAUGUCGCGGCUGACGGUGACGGAAUUGAUGAUCUUGAGGAUGACGACCUAGAGUACGACGAGUUCCUCCUCUUAUGUGACCUUUACAAUGGUACCAAAGUGGACAAUCCGGGUUGGAUGGUCUAUGAGCCAUGGUGGUGGUCCGAAGAGGUACGUCUUGCUGUUUGGACCGCGUAUGAAUGCUGGCAAUCCUCUCUCCGGAAGACGAGCCACACAACCACCCAUAUCUUCCACCUCCCAUUUAACUUUCACAGGAUCAAUUCGUCAGGUUUCCGCCUUGCCGACAGGUAUAUUGAUACGGAUGACAGCACCGAUUUGUUCCAGCCCAAGUUGCAAUGUACCAAGAGCAUGGUGAAUUGGGAUGUGAUAGCCAAGGUCCACUCACCUUCUGUCCCCGACUACACCGAUGUCCCCUUCGAUCCCUUCUCAUCAACCUCCCGUCUACCCCCUCUUCUCGAUCUUCUCCAAACCCAGCACCCUGGUCUCCUCGAAAGGGUUAAGAAACAUCUUGCCCUUCCGCCUUGCCUCAGCGAAGAUAAGCUCAAGACCCUGUGGAAGAGCCGUCGGGGGUAUGAUUGUUCACCGUAUCAUUACAGGCUGAACAGAGCUAUCUCCCUGAAUCGGUUCAGAAGCAUGRCGGAGUAUAUUGACGACGCCAUGGCUUCUGAGCGUGACGGUGGUCCCCAUCCUCAGCUAACGAUGGAUGGAGAUGGGGAAAUGGAUAGCUUUGGCGGCUAUUCAAUGAUKUUUGGCGAACGYGGGGUUGACACCGACUCUGCAGAUCUCGAAGCCCACGACAGUUAUCUGGACUUUUGAGAGUCGGAGGACGUGAAGGCUCAGGGGGGUUGGGUUAGCAGAGGAGACUUGAGUAGUACUAGUAAUAAUAGUAUGCAAUAAUAGUA